AUGGACCAGCAUGACAGGUGCGUGAGAGGGUGGGCUGCACACAGAGAGAGAAAGGAGUCAAGACAGGGGUCAUUCUUGUAUUGGUGUCUGUGUGGUGUGUUGCAGGCCUCUGCUUCGGCCCUUCUACGGCAACAGACAGUGCCAGCGAAUUUGCGAGAAGGCCGAAGCGGUAAGUAACCACUCCUUGAAGAGCAGGCACCAACACAGCCACGUCAAUCACAUCCACACAGACCGGCAGAUUAUAUCUCUUUGUCUGUCUGUCUGUGUCGUGAUCUAUAACGGCCUUCAGUGUGAAUUCACGGAGCUGCGUCGGCUGCAGGACCACCUCGAGCAGGCCGUCACACGCCUCUCACAUAGUGACGCCGCCAUCGACCCCGCAGACAUCGCCCUGAUUCGCCACGCCAUCCACCAGACCGGCCAGCUCAACGUGCAGCAGGUCCUCGAGGGCACACACCCCUUCACACACGCCCGCGGCGAGAGGGUGGUGCUGGUGGUGGAAGUCGGGGUGAGGGUGGUGAGGACGUCAGCAGCAGUGAGAGCAUCGUUGCUCGGGUGUACGAGGCGGCCGCGCGCAUACCCACCGAGAGGCUCCCGUCAUUGGUACGACUUUUCUGUGUCUGCACCCCUGGAUGUGCUGUUACUUGGUGUGUGUGUGCGUGACCACGUCUGUCUGUUCUCCCUCUCUGUCUCUCUGCGUGUGCGGAGACGGCAGGAGAGGGAGAGGAAGAGCCAGAGGGGCCGUGAUCGAGACCGUGAGCGGGACGAGCGAGAUGACACCGAUGAGAUGCAGCAGCAGGGGGAGGAUUAUGAGCUGGGAUAA